CAGAAAUUGAUCAGUCUGUGAUCGAGUGCGACCGGCGGGCGGGGCGCGACCGGCGCGACGAACAUUUUAUACGGGAAUGUGAGCUUAUUAGGAAUAGUGAGUGUCGUGCCGUCUUCAGGUCUUCCGACAAGCUCCGUCAACACUGUCAAGAUGGCGGAGAAGACAUCGAAGAGCCCCUCCAAUGCGAGCGUCAAGCCGACGCCCAUGAAGCUUUUUGCAACAUGGGAGGUCGAGCGAACUUCUCCAAUAUGCAUACCCAGGCAGUGCACUCUGAAACUUGGGCAUCUGAACGUUGUAAGACCGUUCAGUUCAGAUCUUGGAUCUCUCCUGAUUGCUGUGAAAAUGCAGAGUGCCAAACGGACUCUGCGCUCAAAUGAAAUCCCGCUCCAGUCGACAGGGCUUUUGGACACUGAGCUUGAUCUGACAUUUUCCAUGCAGUACCCUCACUAUCUGAAGGGUGAAGGCAACAAGCUGCAGAUCAUGAUGCAGAGACGGAAACGAUACAAGAACAGAACCAUCCUGGGUUUCAAAACUCUGGCUGUGGGUGUAAUCAACAUGUCUCAAAUUCUGCAAAGGUCUGUGGACAAAGAGCUCAGGCUGUACUCUGACCCAAAAGAAAAGCAAAAUCUUGCGGCUGUAUUGACUAUGGAGUCACUGGUCAGUCAACCAGUGGAGCAAGAGGACAUGCCAAUGCCAAAGAGCAUGGAUACACCAUACCGCUAUGACUCAGAAGAAGAGGAAGAAUACAGCACAAACGAUGAAUGCUCAGACUCCGAACCUGUGCUGGACUCUCGAGGGAAGCCUCCAUCCAUCAAGCAUGUUGGAGCCAACAUGAGACAAAGAAACCUGAAGGAGAAGUUUAUGACCAUCUGGAAGAGAUUCAAAGUGUCAGAAGAUCUGCAAGGAUUGGAUCAGGAUCAGGACAUGGAUCCAAAGCUGGCCAAUGAAGUUGGAGAGUUGGAUGACCUUUUCAAUGAGCUUGAGUAUGCAUCAGACUCCGGGCCGGAGGUGGACACCGUGAGCAUCACAUCCAUACCAAAGCCGUCUCUGCGCCCAUUCUUCUCAUCAUCACAGAACCUACUGGGUGACAAUGCUCUGGCCAGCAAAGCCCCACCACAUACUUGAGAGCAAUGUCAGUCACCCUCUGAGGUACAGCAUGACACAAGUAGGCGUGCUUCCAUUACUGACCAUAUUCUAACCACAGGUCAUCAAAAUGUGUGUAUAGUAGUAUUUGUUUGCAUUUUUAAUGUUGGCAAUUUGUGUAUGGAAAGUAAAGACAGCCUGUCACAGGAGAAUGACAUGCCAGUGUAUUUAGUAUCUGUAGUUAGGUCACAAGAAGACAAUGGCUGUAGAGUAGUAUGAAGCACUGGUAAAUUCAUAAUGCAUUACUGUGCAAUGGAAACUGCUUUCAAGAUACCAGUAGCUGAGGCUGAGCUUUAUUUGUAUUGUGUGCUGCCAGAAUACUUAACAAAAUACACAAAUGAAACAUU